AUGAUGGGUGGUCAGCUCCGUGGAAUGCGGGGUCCUGCACCAGAUUCGGCAGUACCUGAUAGCGGAGAGGUCAUUCACAUAUCGUCUCUAGCGCUAUUAAAGAUGUUGAAACAUGGCCGAGCUGGUGUUCCUAUGGAGGUUAUGGGCCUCAUGCUCGGAGAGUUUGUCGAUGAAUAUACCGUGCAAGUUGUGGACGUUUUCGCCAUGCCGCAGUCUGGUACCACCGUGACCGUCGAGUCGGUUGAUCACGUCUUCCAAACUAAGAUGCUCGACAUGUUGAAGCAGACAGGACGGCCGGAAAUGGUGGUAGGGUGGUACCACUCGCAUCCAGGCUUCGGAUGCUGGCUUUCGAGUGUUGAUAUCAACACACAAGAAUCCUUCGAACGCAUGCAAAACCGCUGUGUCGCUGUUGUUAUUGAUCCUAUUCAGUCUGUCAAAGGAAAGGUCGUCAUUGAUGCAUUCAGAUUAAUCAACCCUCAAACCGUCAUUGUCGGUCGCGAACCCCGGCAGACGACAUCCAAUAUUGGUCUCAUUAAUAAACCGUCGAUUCAGGCACUCGUGCACGGAUUGAAUAGGCACUACUAUUCAAUUGCUGUGAACUACCGGAAGACGGAGCUUGAACAGUCAAUGUUGAUGAACCUUCACAAGAGAAACUGGACUGAGGGAUUGAAGUUGCGAGACUUUUGUUCACACAAGGAAAGCAAUGAGAAGGCUAUAAAAGCCAUGCUCACGCUAUCUGAGGCAUACAACAAAUCCGUGCAAGAGGAAUCAACGCUGUCCGCAGAAAAGCUGAAGACACGUCAUGUAGGGAAACAAGAUCCAAAGCGACAUUUGGAGGAAGCGGUAGAAAAGGCAAUCGGGGACCAGGUGGUGCAGAACCUGGGUACAAUGUUGCUGGCUGAGCUAUAG